GACUCCACCCACCACAUCUCGCACGAGCAGCGAGGGCGAAGCCGCCGCCGCCGCCGCCGCCACCCCCACCCCCCCUCGCCAGCGAUGAGGCCACUGGAAGACGACGAUCUGCUCCCCGAGAUCCUCGUCCGCCUGCCCCCGCAGCCCUCCUCCCUGCCCCGCGCCUCCGCCGUCUGCAAGCACUGGCGUCUCCUCGUCUCCGACCCAGGAUUCUCCCGCCGCUUCCGCAUCCACCACCGCCGCAGCCCUCCCCUCCUCGGUUUCUUCCGCAGAAAUGACGCCCUGCCCUUCGUACCCACUCUCGACGCCCCGGAUUGUGUCUCCCCCGGUCGUUUCUCCUUGCCGCGCGCCGACGGCGACCAGUUCAUGUCCGUCGGAUGCCGCCAUGGCCUGGUGCUCGUCUUCAACAAACCUAAGAACCAGAUCCUGGUGUGGGACCCCGUCACCGGCGACCAGUACCUCCUUGACGUGCCCCCGGGGGUUGCGGCACAUGCAGAGAAGACAGCGAUCAACGGCGCGGUGCUUCGUGCUCGUGCCGCCGGAGACGAUGCCCAACACUUCCAAGUGGUGUUGGCAGUGGCAGACAACGACGAGGAACACCAUCGAGCUCUGGCCUGCGUUUACUCGUCAGAGACCGGCGCAUGGGGUGAUCUCGUCUCAACACAGCUUCCACCUGACGUUCUAAUGAGUGAUGCUCCCACCUUGGUUUCUACUGACAAGCCUGCUGUGCUGGUUGGGGGUUCCCUUUACUGGAAGCUUGCUGGGAAUAUGGAUGGAAUUCUUGAGUUCGAUUUGGAGAAGCAAAGCCUAGCUGUGAUACGGGUGCCGGUGCAUAUCCUUGAAGAGGGCCAGUACAUGUUCUUGAUUAUGCGGGCAGAGGGUGGUGGCCUUGGUUUACUCAUCCAGACAGACUACAGCAUCCAAUUGUGGAAGAUGAAGACUGAUUGUGAUGGUGUCGCUUCAUGGGGGCUUGGAAGAACCAUUGAGUUGGACAAGCUACUUUCUCUGAAUUCUGAGGAGACUGACAUGUUGAUACCAGGGCUCGAGGAGGAAAAUAAUGUAGUAUUCGUGUGGACAGAUCACAUCGUCUUUACGGUCCAUCUUGAGUCAAUGAAGUUCAAGAAGCUUUCUGGAACCUACCCCCUUUCUCAUUAUCAUCCAUUCAGAAGUGUCUACGCUGCAGGUAUCUAGGAUUGAAUUCCGGAGGCCGAGAUGCAGAAAAUGGUUAUGGUGCUGUAGGUUCUUCCACUUUCUAUGCUGUUCAUGGGGUCUGUUAUGUGCUAUACCCAUAAUUUGGCCCUCUGCUGGCCUUUGCAAACUUACCUGUCUGUCAUCUAUGUUCUGUACGAGGACACGGUGACUUGCUUGGAUUAAUAAUUAAGUGUUGGGUUACUCUUGCGGUUCAUUUGCUUGGUGCCUUUUAAGCAAGCACGCCAAGGCAAGCCCACCUGUCAGUUGUAUCGUUUGCUUGUGUCUCAUGUUGUGUCAGGUUGAGGUUUCAGGUUGUAUCGUUUGCUUACAGGAGGUGGUCUCUCGCAGCUCUGUACACGUACGGGUUGCAAUACAAAUCUCUGAAAGUGAAAAGAUCAGUUCCUUGCUGCGGGCGUUCCCUUUGCUCAGCCAUGCUAAAAUCGACGCUGAUUGUGAUGGGGCGUUCCGCGAAGCUUCCCUUUCUUUCAGGAGGCUGGGGUUUUGUUGUGAGGAAUGAUCUGACAGGUGGCUUACCGUGGAAUCGGGGGCUUUCUUUGUGAUGGGGUCGGGUUAUCUUCAGGGAGUCAGCUCUGCACUACAUGCUGAAGCUUUGGCGCUGCUUCAACAAGCUGAAGCAAGCACAUGACAAUUAAAUAAUUGCCGUGUGUUGCAUAUGACAAUGUAAAAAGAAAAUGUAUGUGCGAGGCGCUCUGUUAGGGGAUGGCAACCAGAUUGUGUGGGCUGGCCAUCUACCUCAGUUUGUACUGAAUCUGUGUGCUGCCGACUUGUCCA